CGUCUCCAGCCAGCCGCCUCGCGCGUUGUUCUCCGUGUCCCCGACCCCUCCGCCUUCUCUUGUUCGCCCGUCUCUGCCCCCACCCCCCGCGGCCCUCGAGUGUUGGUUCGUUCUCCCCCCCCCCCCGUUUCCUUUCUUCCCUUUUCUUUCCACUCCCCGCUGUGGUCGGGCUGGGCCAAGCGGCGAAGUCGGAGGGCGCAGGCGAGCGAGUCCGCCGGAGGUUGCCAAGGCAGGGACUGGCUGGCGCCUGAGGGGACACCCCCCACCCCCUUCCUCCUCCACUUUCCCUGCGCGUCGCCUAUUGAGAUUCCGGCCGGCUCCUGAGCAGAGCGAGGAGCGGUGGGGGGGAGAAGGACGCCCCCCCCAGCCCUUGGGCACAAACAUGAGUGAGCAGAGCAUCUGCCAAGCACGAGCUGCUGUAAUGGUGUAUGAUGAUGCCAAUAAGAAGUGGGUGCCAGCUGGUGGGUCCACUGGAUUUAGCAGAGUUCAUAUAUAUCAUCAUACAGGCAACAAUACGUUUAGGGUAGUUGGCAGAAAGAUUCAAGAUCAUCAGGUGGUAAUAAAUUGUGCCAUUCCAAAAGGAUUGAAGUAUAAUCAAGCAACACAGACUUUUCAUCAGUGGCGGGAUGCUAGACAAGUAUAUGGUCUCAACUUCGGCAGCAAAGAAGAUGCCAAUGUUUUUGCAAGUGCCAUGAUGCAUGCCUUAGAAGUGUUAAAUUCACAGGAAUCUGGUCCGACACCGCCUCGACAAAGCGCACAACUUCCCCCACAAGUGCAAAAUGGUCCAUCACAAGAAGAUUUGGAAAUUCAGAGAAGGCAACUGCAGGAGCAGCAGCGACAGAAGGAGUUAGAAAGGGAGAGGCUGGAAAGAGAGAGGCUGGAAAAGGAAAGACUGGAUAGAGAGCGAUUGGAACAGGAGCAACUGGAGAAGGACCGGCAAGAGCGAGACCGGCAAGAGCGCCUAGAAAGAGAGAGACAAGAGCGAGAAAGACAAGAACGGGAGAGAUUGGACUGGGAAAGGCAGGAAAGGGAACACCAAGACCAACUAGAAAGAGAGCAGCUGGAAUGGGAAAGAGAAAGAAAACUGUCAAGUGUUGCUCCAUCUUACGACAGCUCCCCGUAUAGCACUUCACUUCCUGAAUACUCCAGCUGCCAGCCUCCUUCAGCACCUCCUCCAUCAUAUGCUAAAGCAAUGUCAGACUCUACUCCGGAUUAUGCUGUAGUGACUUCUGCACAGCCAGUUUCCUCCCCUCCUACACCACCGCUAAGGCACUCUGCAUCACGUUUUGCUACAUCGUUGGGUUCAGCCUUCCACCCUGUUCUUCCCCACUAUGCUACUGUUCCCCGUCCUCUGAACAAAACUUCUCGACCACCUUCACCUGUGAAUCCCCCAGUGUCUCUUACUUCAAAUACCAAGUCCACUACGUGGUCUGCUACUAGUUUUGCACCUCUUCCUCCAUCUCCUCCUGUAAUGAUUAGCAGCCCUCCUGGCAAAGCCACAGGCCCAAAGCCUGUUCUACCAAUUCCUGUUACUGCACAAUUAUCCCAAAUGUCACCAUCCCCUACAGCACCCAAUGGGCUUCCAGAAUUGGCAAAUUAUCCAGCUCCUUCACCACCUACCUCAGGUCCAACCCCACCACCACCUUCGUUUCAGCCUCUUUCACUCUCUGGACCUCAAGUUGCUUCUCCAAGCUCCCCUAAUUCCUCGGCUCCCUCAUCCAAGCCUAGUGUUCUCCCUUCUCCCUCUGCAGCUCCCCCUGCCUCUGUUGAGAACUCUCUAAACUCUGUGCUGGGAGACUCUUCUGCUUCUGAGCCAGUUUUGCAGACAGCCUCUCAGCCGAUUGAACCUCCGUCCCAGCAGGGUGUUAUCCAAGGGCCACCUGCACCUCCACCACCCCCACCUCUUCCAGUUGGCCCUGUUCAGUCCCCGUCAGCAGUUCCAGCUCCCCCAGGGCCACCUCCACCACCACCUCUUCCACCAUCAGGUCCACCACCUCCUCCUCCUCCACCACCACCACCACCCCUUCCUAACCAUGUUCCUCCUCCACCUCCUGCCCCACCUCUGCCUACCACUGGUUUCCCCAUGGGAUCGAUGUCUGAAGACCACCGCCCUUUAACAGGACUAGCAGCUGCUCUUGCUGGAGCCAAACUUAGAAAAGUAUCUCGGAAUGAAGAGUCUCCUAAUCCAACAAGCUCUGCUUCACCUAAAACAGAUACUGGGCGUGGAAAUGGGCCACUUCCCCUAGGAGGAAGUGGAUUAAUGGAAGAGAUGAGUGCACUGCUGGCCAGAAGGAGAAGAAUUGCUGAGAAAGGAUCAUCAGAAGCGGAACCAAAAGAUGAAAAAAAUGAUGAACCAGAGCCUUCGGCAUCUAAGCCUCCUUCAACAAGCACACCUGAACUAACAAGAAAGCCUUGGGAGAGAACAAACACAAUGAAUGGAAGCAAAUCUCCUAUUAUUUCAAGACCAAAAUCUGCAUCCUCUGGGCAACCCAAUACAAAUGGAGUACAGUCUGAAGGGCUAGACUACGACAGAUUGAAACAGGAUAUUUUAGAUGAAAUGAGAAAGGAAUUAACAAAACUAAAAGAAGAAUUAAUUGAUGCUAUCAGGCAAGAACUGAACAAGUCAAAUACAGCAUAGAAAGACUAGGACUAAGCCGUUGUGACCACUGGUUUUGGUGCAAAAUCAACUACAUUUUAUGAGCUGUUAGAAGAGUGAAACGCCCAAUUGGAAGAAGGAGAAAGCAAGAUUCUGAAAAUUUUCAGACGUUACUCUGGUGGUCUGCUAUUUCCCUUUGCUGCUGUUUUCUGACUUUUCAACAGGGUGGAAAAUAGUCUUACAUUGCGGGAAUGACUUAUGCAGAAACUCCUAUAUCUGUCAAGACAAGAUCACAGUGCAUUGAAAUGUUUUCAUAUCAAGAUGAAGCUACACAUCUCACAGUUCAUUGUUUAAGACAUAAAAAAAGAAAAGCUUGAAGGCUUUUCAGAGAGGUUUUCUUUAUUAAUGAAGAAUUUAGCAAGUUAUACUGUUAUACUGCAAAUGUAUCUCAGGUUAGUCUUCCUAUCAUAUUUGGUAUUGCCAUGAAAAAGUUAGAUCAAAUAUGACUUUAACUCGCAAAAUAAAGAACAAAUAACAAGACUGUGUGUUGUAAAGACAUAUUGGUGAACAAGAGACUUAGGAUAUUGUACUCCGUAAAGUUUUGGAAUCUUAUGAUAGGAAGCCUCUCUUGUUAACCUUCAUACAGUUCCGUAGGGAAAAAUGUAAGUGCUGUCCAGAGUAUAAAGAUGUUGAUGCCUUCCUAAAUUGUAAUGCUUUACCAAAUCUAAGACUCCUCCAGAACAUAAAUCAAUGGUAAAAUAUAAAUGGUUAGAUUGUUAUAGACUUACCAUAGAUUUUCAAUCUUUUAAAGAUUUAUGCAUGUAGACAUUUUUGUAAUAUAAAACAACUGCAGAGUUGACUUUUUAAUUUAAAACAUCCUUGCAUGCCACAAAUACUAAGUAGCCUUUUUAUGGUAAGGCCUAGUUACUGCCCAGGCAAUACUUGAGAGAUGUAGAGUUGAGAAUAGGGGUAAUUUUUUUUAAUUUAAAACGAUUUGUAUUAAUUACUGCACUAUUUUUCCUUAUAUUGCAUGCAUGUGUAAUAAUAAGGAAAAUGUUGUGACCUAUCAGUAAUCAUGGUGAAUAGAACCAGGUACUUAAUACUUUUUGUAUCAUUUUCUUUAAUUCUUUAUAUUUCAAACUUAAUAAUAUUUCAGUAACAGUUCUGGAAACUCCAGUCAGUUUUCCUGCUUUUCUUAAGUGAGUCUAAAGUUAAGCAUCUUGAUUGUACUUGGAGAUGAUUUAAAGGAUGCAAAGAAGAAAAAAUAGCAUUCUUUCCAUUUUACAUAUCAAGGCAGGUUUUGCUUAAUUUGGGAGGUGAGGUACUAGGCUUGUACAACCAUUAUCUUCCCAGAGCUUGGCAGCAGGUAAUGAGAAAACAUAUUCCUUUCCACUUUCCUGCUGGAGGUUCUCCCACCCUGCCUACCAUAACCAAGAUUAAUGAGCUUCCAACUAUAGUUUCAAAUCCUGUUAAAGCAGAAAUCUGGUUAGCAUUAAUUGCUACAGUUGGUGCUCAUGCAUCCUUUAAUCCUGGUUAAAGCAGCAAAGGGGGAUUCACACUAGAGAAUAGGAGGAGGGAUUUGGGGGUGAUCCUGCAACCUGCUCCCAGUCCUAUGCUUUGGACCUUGGUAACUGACAUUGACAAAACUGCAAGGUGAACAAAUCUCAUGAAUAGUGGUGGCAAUCAUUUAUUUCUAGAAUGAUGGCAUUUACUUUCUCAAAUACGUUCAUUGCUAAUUCUAGUAUCUAAACAUUAUUAAAAUACAGCAGGCACAUUUCUAAAAAAGGCAAUGGGGUGGUGGGGAUAUCCUGCAACUAAAAGUUAACAUUGCAAUCCUAAGAAGAGUUACUCCAGUUUAAGCCUAUUCAAAUCAAUGGGCUUAGAUUGGAGUAACUCUUUUUAGAUUUACACUGUAAGUGAUCUAGCAAAUUACGUGCAACAAAUAAUUUAUUGCAUCUUGAUUUUUCAAAGUUAUAAUAGUGCCAUAUUUAUUUUGUGAGCUAUGCUGAUUUUAAAACAACCAGCAGUUUUAGACAUAAUUAUUCAGUUUCUUAGAUUACCCACAUCCAUCUAGGCUUAGUACAUAAGGAAGCUUUAACUAGCAUAUCCUCCCAAAUGUUGAACACCAAAGUAAAUUUAACAGCAGUUAUUGCUGCUUGAAUGAGGAAAUUCUCAAUUUUCCUUCUUUCUGUAUGAUGAAAGUAUGGCUUAUAACAUAUAUCCCCAAUUCACUGGUUACUUAAACAUUUUUUUCUCUGCAUGCAUUAGUUUGAAGGCAUUUAAAUCUCUAAAGAUAAGCAAAUGCUGUUGUUCUCAAAUUAAGGAGGCACUUCCAUCUUUUAAAAAGUAAAUUAUGUUUAAACAAUAUAACCUUGAUAGCUUACACUUUUCAAAAAUCAUGUUUGAUUGUUUGUAAAGAAAAUUCAGAGGUAGCUUAGGAGAAUGUUAUAGAUGUCUGUGGUCCAAAGGUAAGAAAAUUAAGUUACUAGGUUGUGAAUGAAACUGGUUAAUGCACUAAAUGUUUUGUGCCUUGGUCUAUAACAUGAUUUCUGCGUAAAAGAAAGAAGGUUCUGUACUCUUUCUAUAUGCAUAUUUACAAGAUCCUCAAUUGGACCGUUCCAGGGAAUCCAGUUUGAUAAACUGUAAAUUCAUGCUGUUGGACUAACAGCUAUGCCAUCGCCAGAUAUUUCUGUAAUUAAAAUGAGCUACUACAGAAGCAACUUAGGUUAUUUUAAUUACUGUUCUUGGGAAAAAAGAUGGUUCCUGUGCUUUUGUACAGUGGAUGCCUUAAGCUGAAUAUGGUUUAGGGGAUCACUUUUAAUUCCAGGAAGGUUUUGCUUUCCUCAACACUGUGAUCUGAUCUGUGAUAAAUCUGUCCUAUCCAUACUCAAGUGGCUAACAAGAUAAUUGCAAACAAACUGAAUGUACAAAUUUUAGUGCUGGUGCUGAAAUCUCUUCAGAGAGUUAUCAUGAAACAAAGUUUAUUGUUCAAAAAGUUUUGCAAGCAUCAAGUAUCAAUCAAAACUGAAGAUGAAACACUAAUGAAUGUUGAAUUUUCAUGCAUUUAGUUUUACCUCCUUUUGAGUUUUUCAGUUAAUUCUCUGCUAUUUUUACCAUACUGUGUCAUUUAAAAAUUUCUUAAAUGCUAACUUUGUUUUGUUUGAGCAGAUGAAAUAAAAUUGCAAUAUAUA